GCUGUUAAUGAUUUACCCUGUGUAACCAUGCAAAUGUAUUAUUUUACAGUCACUCAUUCUCGCUGAUGUGCUCAUCUGUAUAUUUAUACUCUAGGCAAGCAUUCUUAAUAUCACGCGAAAUCCCUCCUGCUGUCUACAAACCUUCAUCUCCUAGAGACGGAAAAGCGUCUCGGGAGGGAACACUGGCGUUAUUGGUUAACAGCUACUUCCCUCGCUCCGCCUUUUAGAUUUUGUAGACAAUUUCCAAAGAAUGGCUGUCAGGCUGGUGUUUUGUAACAGUUUAACAAUUUGGGCGUCAAAUGACCGUCUUUUGGAGAAAACAGUUACAGCGUAAACGAAGAACAAAAUACAGUAGUACGUGAACUUCAACGCAAACUGCUGUUUAAAAAUUGAUCCAUGGCUUUGGAAGUCGAACUAAUGUUUUCUGAGCUGCCAUCACAGAUGGAAACAAAGACUUAUGGAAAAUGGAACUACUCUGACCUAGAGAAGGAUAUCCCAGAGCUGGUUCAUGGUGUGCACCAGCUCAUGACCAUUGAUGAAACAAAGUCUCCUGCACACAGAUCCAGAGAGGCACUUUCAGCUGAGUCAUAUUCAGUACUGAGUGCUGGAGGGUCACACGGUCGCAGCCAGAGGAAGACGGUUGCAAUCAAACCGUCUUCCAGAUAUUCUUCAGGAAAAGCCAAGUAUGCAAUGAGAAAGCCAUUGUACGAUAUUUCCACUGACCACAAGAAGCCAUCUUCCCAUGUAAGGAGAGAGUUGUUUCAAAAGCACUCAGAAACGGAUUUACAGAUAGAGGACAAAAGUACCACACUACCAACUCCAAGUUGUGAAUAUCAGUCAACGUCAGUGAAAAUGAAUGACAACACUGAUUCUGGUUCACCUCAUAAAGGCUUGUAUGAACCAGCAACCUCACAUGCAGCAUUGUACUCUAGAGAGUGGCAUACCUCAUACAGCCAAACAAGUUUAAGAGUUGAUAGUGGGAUCCCUAGGUCUAGUAGAUGUUACUUCUCUAGUCCACCUCUAGUGGACUACAGCACUAUGGUGAAGAUGAGUCCCAGAGGGCUGUCUGCUCCCCGACCGUCUUCAGUAGAAGCAACUAUUCCUUAUUCACGACUGUCGAAAAAAAGCACAUCUCAGGUUUGGAAGUCUCCAAAUACAUCCACUCGUUCUGGUAGGUCUUUACAUCAUAGCCUUGAUAAGAUGCUGGAUUCCAAGCACAGUAGGGAAAAAUCUCCUUAUCAGGCUGAUUACUGGGCAUGUGCAAUCCCUAGCUCCUUACCUCCAUCUCCCAAUCGAAAGUCUCCUCAUUGGGAUCCUGAUGAGGAAUACAGGGUCAUGCUUGAUUACACCUAUCCCUUAAGACCAAAUCAUUCUUGUUCCAGGGGCCAAUCAGAUGGGGAUCCUUUAGUUUCUGACCCAUUGCUGCAGGAUUCUGGAAUAGAGCUUGAUAGCUUCUGUUACUCAACUAACAACACUCUGAGGUCAGUCAGUACACCGUGCCUUGAAUACGACACUGCGGUUUUGAGAAACGACAGUUCAUCUAUUGAGAGACUGUUCUCAGGCAAAGACUUAGGACCCUCAAAUCCAGAGUAUAAGGAACCCUGUCAUUUGAAAUUGGGUUCUGCACACCAGCAGACAGGGUCCUCAAGAAGGUCCAUCAGCCCAUAUUCUUCAGAUGACCAUGUCGACCUUUCAAUCGAAAACUCCAACAGUUCGGCUUGGUUUGAAUCGCAUAGCAAAAAACUUGUUGAACAGAGAACAUGGCACCGUAAAUAUGGGGUAUUUUCAUCUUUUGCAUCCAAGACUUGUUUUAUCCCCACUACACAGAUCCUUCCACUACACAAAGCAUGGGACAGUGAUGAAGAAUACCUUUCUCUGCCUUUAAGGCUAAAUGAGUUGGAGCUAUUAUCACAGCAAUUAAAUACCAUAGCGGUGCAGAUAAGCAAGCCUGGGGAUGUGUGCUGUGAAACACAGCCUGUUCUGAAAAAAGAUACUGCUUCAUCCAAGCCCCUGUAUAAUCAAGCGGAGCCCAUGGCCAGUGAGGGAAUUGCAGAUGCUGGUGCCCUAUUUGGUACGCAAACCAUCAAGGAAGACUAUGACCAAGAGAGUGACUCAAAAAGUGCAGAGGGUAAAUUUACAAAAAGCAGGCUGAAAAAGGUCUCUAAUUUUAUGGAGCAGCUUGGAGGAUUAUCUCAUUUUGAAUUUGAAAAGAAGACACACGUUGACCAAAGUGGUGGAGAAACGAAGGAAUCGCUUAUGCAACACAUUCAGACAUUUUGCUAUAAACUGGAGGAGCUAAUUCAAUGGCUGUACAAAGUAGCUGAGAAAAUGGACAACUGGAAUCCUCCAACACCAGACAUUGACAGUGUCAAGAGCUCCCUUGAUGUCUACAAGAAGUUCCAGAGGGAAGUGGAUGAACACCAGCCUCUGACCACAGCAGUUUUAAAAGCAGGAGAAAUUCUUCUUUGCUGCAUGAGCUCCACCUCCCCAGUUCUAAAGGAAACUCUGGGACUGAUUGAAAAGCAAUCGGAGGCCCUGGACAAGCAUGCAGAACACUUGUACUCCUCGAUACUGACCGCUAUGGAUAUCAUUCAAGAUGAGAUGCUGACAAAGUCUGACCUAAGUGGUGAUUCCACUGUGGAUUCAAUUCAGGUAAAAAUGAAGAUUCAACAGCUGAAUGAAAGUGGAUUUGUGGAACAAGAUCAAGAAAUAUGAAGACACAUUACUUCAGUAAACAUAAUGUCAACACUAUAUUUCACUGGUUGUGUAAUUGUAGCUUCUUCCCAUAAAUUGUGUUUUUUGUGGCAUUAAUAUAAUGUAUUUCUGUUGUGCUGUACAAUAAUAUGAUGCAUAACAUGCUAUUGUAGAAUCUGCCUUAUUAUAAUAUAUUGGAAUUUCAAGAUGAUUCGUUUUUAUUGGCACUUCUACAGUAUGAAUAUUUAAUUUAAAGAGUAAGUAGUGGAGUUCCAAAAAAAAAAAAUAGUUAUGACUGUGCUACAACUGUUUAAAUAAUGUACCUGUCAUUUUUCCUAACAACUUUUUAAAGCUGUUUUUAAAGCUAUUUUCAAAAUGGCCACUCUAGUGCACAGAUAGUGUAAGGCUUAUUGUCCACAUUGUCAAACGGGUAACACAGCAAUAACGAUCCAUGAUGUGGUGUGGAACAGAAAAGCCAGAGCACUUAAGUUGUUUUUUUUUUAAUCGCCCAGAGCAGACAUUUUGAAAAGAGCUUUGAAACCGAUCUUAAUAGUGUAAAAAGUUGGAUGUUAACAAUGAAAAGAAGAAUUACAGGUGUGGUAUUUUAAACAGUUGUAGCAACACGUGGGGACGUAUAACACUAUAUAUUUUUAAACCCUGCUACUUACUUGAAGUUACUGGCUAUAAUGAUUUGCAGGAAUAUUUUCAUUCUUAUAUUAUUAUAUAGUCUUUAUUAGUAAUGCAAGUAUCAUAUAUUAAAUAUUUCACAUUUUUAUUUGGAAUAUAAUUUGGGUGUUAUAACUUAAUUUAUCUUUCAUAAAUGACUGCUCAGGCCAUACUAGGAUUACAUUUUAAUUUUGGCGCCACUGUACUUUGUAAAUAAUGUUAAAGUUCUAUUACCACAGGGCUACGUUUUGCUGCAGAUCCUUCUGUGUCUGGAAGUUUGAUUAAUGUGUGCAAUAGAACAGGGACAUAAUGUGGAUCAAGCAGAAUUAGACACCUUGCUACAGCCAACAGGCGUACCCUAAGCCACAUCAUUUAGAAGUGCUUUAAUAAAAGCAUUACAAAUUCAAUAAUGUAUAUGUCAGAAUAUAUUAGCGUACAAUAAUAUAUGGUAUAUAUACUGCCUGGACAUGUACCUAAUGUCAAGUUGGCCAGCCAUUUGCCAUGUUCACAACCUGAACACUCUCCCUUCGUUUUGAAAUUGCCGAUGCAUUCUCAUGACUAAUGUCUUAGAGCAACCUACCAACAUGACUGUCCUUGCUUCUGUGGCACUAAGUGCACCCACUCAUUUCGUCGAAUGCUGUUAGAUCUUUGCCUUUUCUCAUUUAUUAUUAUUAUUAUUAUUAUUAUUAUUAUUUAUUUCUUAGGGCGGCUUACAAUUGUUACAAGAUACCACAUUAUUUUUAAAUACAAUUACCCAUUUAUACAGUUGGGUUUUUACUGGAGCAAUCUAGGUAUAUUAAAGUACCCUGCUCAAGGGUACAGCUGCAGUGUCCUCACCUGGGAUUGAACCCAUGACCCUCCAGUCAAAAGUCCAGAGCCCUAUGGUGGACUGUUUGAAAUUGUGCUACUUCUGUAGCUUUAUAAUGCUGAAAAAAUCAUUCCUGGCAAUGUCAAAUCCAAUAAGGUAGGCAGGCCCAAAUAAAGUGGGCAGGCAGUGUAUAUAUAGAUGCAAUGUUACACAAAUACAGAAACGGGAACACAACCAAAUCAUUUAGAUUUACGAGAAUUAGUAUAGGCAAAACACAUUUGGAGAAAUUAAAAAAAAAAAAAAAAAAAAAAAA